CUGUAUCGCGCCAUUUCUGUUCUCAUUGGCUGGACAGCUUUUUGCGGUUUCUGUCGACUUUCUCUUAAAAGUCGGAAAAGGUGACGAGUAUCGCGAGAGUCGAGUGCCGACUGAGCGGUGAACGUGAAGAGAGAGGGCCGGGGAGAGAGGAGAAAGAGUGGACUAAAGCUACGGCCUACAGUCUGAACGGAGCCGUUUCCAAACAUCCAAUAUGUCCUCCAGUUUUCUUCUCCGCCUGCUGUCUCUCGCCUUUUUCCAGGGCGCCGUGUGGGCCGAACAGCGGAAGCUUUCUCCAGAAAACUUGCUGGUCAUCACCGUGGCAACAGAGGAGACGGACGGCUUCCUGCGCUUCGUGAGGACCGCCCAAGAGUUCAACUACACUGUGAAGGUCCUGGGUCUGGGCGAGGAGUGGAAGGGAGGCGACGUCGCUCGGACGGUGGGUGGAGGUCAGAAGGUGAGAUGGUUGAAGAAGGAGGUGCAGAAACACUCGGAGAAGACGGAGCUCGUCAUCAUGUUUGUGGACAGUUACGAUGUGAUCUUUGCAUCGAGUCCUGAGGAGCUGCUGUCCAAGUUUUCCCGUAUGGGUCACAAAGUGAUUUUCUCAGCUGAGGGUUUCUGCUGGCCUGACCAGCGCCUGGCCUCCAAAUACCCCGAGGUGCGUACUGGGAAACGCUACCUGAACUCAGGAGGGUUCAUCGGCUACGCUCCAGAGAUCAGUGCAAUUGUCCAGCAGUGGAAGUACAAAGACAGCGAUGACGACCAGCUUUUCUACACCAGGAUGUACCUGGACAAGACGCACAGGACCAAGUUUAACAUGACCCUGGAUCAUCGAUCCCGGAUCUUCCAAAACCUGAACGGAGCUGUUGAUGAGGUCGUCUUGAAAUUCGAGAGGGCAAAGGUCAGAGCAAGGAAUGUCGCCUACGACACGCUUCCUGUUGUUAUCCAUGGCAACGGACCCACCAAGCUGCAGCUGAACUACCUCGGUAACUACGUCCCCACAGUAUGGACCUACGAAACCGGCUGCGGGAUUUGCGACGACGACCUGCUCUUCUUCAGUGAGGACGAACAGAUGCCGCUGGUCUACGUCGCUGUUUUCAUCGAACACGCAACUCCCUUCAUGGAGGAGUUCCUGGAGCGCCUGUCCACUCUGAACUACCCAAAAACGAGGAUUCGCCUCUUCAUCCACAACAACGUCGUGUACCACGAGCGUCACAUCCAGAAGUUCUGGGAGCGUCACAGGUCUCUGUUCCCAGACGCCCGGGUAGUCGGACCAGAGGAGAACCUGAAGGAGGACGAAGCCAGAACCAUGGCUGUGUGA